UAGUAGAGAAGUUUCGAUCGAAUGCGGGUCGAAAGUAAAAAUGUCGCGUCGAUUUUUUGGAAUUUAAAUUGUGAAUAUUUUGAGUGAUAAAGUUAAGUGAAUGGUGAAAAUUAAGUAAAAUAAAUCAACAGUGAAUAGUGUGGUAAUUCACAAAAUUGGAAUUAAUAAGAUUUUCAGUGAAAGAACCAUCGGACAAUUUUCUGUUUUCACAGCAGACAUCGCCGAUACAAACGGUUGUAACUAAUACACUGUACAUAGUGCAUAGAUUUAUAUUAUAAAAACCGAUUUACACCAAUGAAUUAUAAACAGUUGCAAAACAAUGCAACAUUAUUAAUAAACUUAUUGUGUAAGCUGAUUUAUUGACACUUCUUGAUAUAUAUAGUGAAGUGUUCACACAUUUUUUUAACAAAAACAUUUUCGAUAUAAAAGUGAUAGUGAAACAAAAAACAAAACAAUAUCUCUCAAAAUGGAUAUCAGUCUGGAACGUGACGGAAACGCCAUUGGCAGUUUAUUUCAACAAAUUAUUAAUGAUAUGAAGAACUCUAGUCCGUUAUGGGAAGAUUUUAUGGCAAAAGCAAGCAAAUUACAUGCCUGUUUACGCGCUACCAUACAGGCAAUAGCGGCCUAUUUGGAUGCUUUCCAGAAAAUCGCAGACGCUGCUACAAAUUCAAGAGGUGCAACAAAAGAAAUAGGUACUGCACUGACACGAGUCUGUUUGCGUCACAAAGCGGUUGAAACACGAAUGAAAUCAUUUACCACGGCUAUUAUGGACUGUUUAAUUAUUCCAUUACAAGAUAAAUUAGAAGACUGGAAACGUCAAGCAGCCGUCCUAGAUAAAGAUCAUGCCAAAGAAUAUAAACGUUGUCGGACUGAAUUGAAAAAGCGGUCAAGCGACACAUUACGUUUACAGAAGAAAGCUCGUAAAGGUCAAACCGAAUCGAUACAAUCACUCGUCGAAACAUCGAUGCACGACAUAAAUCAAAAAAGAGCUGAAUUGGAAGAUGUUGAACGGAAAUCGUUGCGAGCGGCCAUGGUUGAAGAGCGAAUUCGUUACUGUACAUUCGUAAAUCUGUUGCAGCCAGUUGUUAAGGAAGAAUGCGAAGUUAUGUACGAAUUGGGUCAUUUGCAAGAGGCAAUGGACUCAAUUGCUAUUGUUACGAAGGAUCCAACCGUGUUGCCGCAAUCAUCGGAAGAAUUAAUAUUGGAAUCGAAAACAUCGAUGAGUUUAUAUCCAGAGUCGCCGGGCGGUUCGCAUGGUUGUUCCAAUUCGUUAGGUUCGAGAAAAAGUUCGGUGUGUUCAAUAAGUUCAAUGAAUAGUAGCGGAUCCAGUGGAUCGCCAGGACAUCAAUACCAAAGAUCUCUUUCACAGUUAAUCUCACCGGCAUUGCGAUUAAAACCAGGUGAAUCAAGUGAUAGCGGAUUUUGUUCGUCUUCUGCACUUACAUCACAGACAUCGACAACGUCUACAAAUCCAUCACAUGCCGUAUCAACAUGGCCACCACAUUCCCAAGACGCAGCUGCAGCUGCCGACCGUCCUCACACUAUAUCAACAGCAUACGAAAAAGGUCAUCAACGUCCUGCCUUAACAGUAUACACCUUCCAAAGUCCAGAAGUGAAUUCGGAAACGCAAAAAUCACCAGCCAAUAUAUUGUGUCGACCCCCGUUGCCAAUCAGAUGUUCGUCGUUGGAACGACCAUUAUCAUCGUCUACUGGUGCCAGAAACACAAAUGUACAAACACCUCGACAAUGUCCUUCACCACUCCCUGCCCACAUUACUAAAGAGCAUCCAAUCCUGCAACCGACUUAUGUUAACAUGUCUGAAUUGGCGUCCAUGGCCGCCUCUAAAAUAACUAACAACACAGCCAACCAACAAAACUCACUGCCACUUCAACAACAACACCAAUCACAACAACAAACAUCACAACCACAACAUCAACAAAUAAACUCACCAGUACUAUCAACCGCAUCGUCCCUUGUAUCAUCCGAUUCGUCGGCAACGAAUCAUCAUUCGUCACCGGAUGUGUCAACGGACACAGCCACACCACAAAACUAUUCCCCACAAACUAACGAAAGCUUACCGCAAACACCUACGGUGAUCGGUUCUCAAAUUGGUGGCAGCGGUGAUGACUAUUCCGAUAGCGUAACAACUAACGAUCAUACUAACAACGAAUCGGCCGGGGAUAAUGAUUUCAAGAGUAUCGGUUCCGUUUUAGAAAAACUUUCGUUGUUUGAGAGGCUUGAACAGAAACAGAUCUUAAAUAAUAAUGUGGCACCGUCGACUAUCCGGGUCGAGGGGAUCUUUAAUCGGAAAAAUGAAGAAAUAUACAAAGCGGUUGGAUUGGCCGAUAAGGAUGCAGACCAAAUCUACGAAGAUUCGAUUCAAGAGCUGAACAAUCUGAUUGGCGAACUUGAUUCCUUUCAAAAAGAGCACGAACUAAAGAGUCAAAACCAUAGCCAGACAAAUCAUAUCAACGACAAAGAUUUCGAUGCUUUCGAUAAAAUAUCGGUGGCAAGCUCAAACAUCGGUAGCAUUGGAUAUUCGAUUCAGAGCAACAAUUCCAAUGACUCCAAAUUUACGUUCAAUGAAACGGAUCCGGCGAAAUAUUACAAUGAAAAUAGUUCCGGUUUCGAGUCGAAUGCAUCGGAGAUCAUUCAUUGCGACAAUAAUUUCAAUGACACCGAAUCGUAUCUGAAGGAAAAUUCAGAAAUUGUCGUACUGAGACGAAAGGGUAGUACGACCGAUUUAAAUGGGAUGGUCGAUGCGAAUUUAUCAAACGAACCUCUGCAGCGUUUGAGUUCAUUCAAAAGCGACGGUUCGAAAGAUGAAUUGAAAUUGUCGAAUUCAAAUUUACGGCGCGAUGGUGGAGGAUCGAUCUCAAAUAUAGCGAUUUGUGAUACAGAAAAUGAAUUGAAAGUUAGUGCGGAUGAACGGCUUCGAGCAAAACCGACUGUGACGCCGAGGCCAGCAUCGUUGUCUGGUUGUGUUUCACGCAUCACGCGACGGUCUUCCGUAAAUACUACUAAGCCUCCGCCGCCGGUACGGAGAAGCUCCAGUGUUACUCCUAGUCCUCACGGUGGAUUGAAUAAUUCUCCAAAUAUCUCGCAACAAAAUUCAAUGAACGCGUCAUCCGAGAGUCUUCCCCCACCUCCACCAUAUCUACUGGACUCAUCCGGUCGAACUUCACCGGGAAAAGUGUGCGAAACAGUGAAAGCAUUGACUGAACUACGACAUAUGCCAGCGAGUCCUGGUGUUAUUCGACGUGCACAGGCUUUGGCUCAAUCACAGAUGUCUGUUCAGUCGCCAACACCACCCCAACAAUAUUCCCAAAACUCAUAUUCAACACAAAAAAGUGAUCACACAAUACCAAACUCAAAUUUCCAUUACACAUCACCAUCACAGACUUCCAGUACACAUACAUCAAAACCUAGUGAAAUAUAUCAAAAUUCAUCACAUAGAUCGGCAAAUGCAUCACAAUCUGGAAUAUACGCCCAACCAAAAGUAUCCAAAGUUUCCAGCUUUAGAAAUCCUAGUCCAGUUGGGUCAGCCAAACAACAUCAACAAAAUUCAAAUUUAAUGGCGCAGCUAAAUGCGCGAAUAACACCAAAUAAUAAGUCCGUCGAACAUCAAUCGCCUACCACAGAAAAGAAAAUUUAUGCUCAAAACCAAAGUAACCAAGGCUAUCACACAUACGACACGAGGAAUAAUGUACAACCAGUCAAACCACAACGAGCCAAUCACCACAAUCAGCAAAUACAACAACAACAGCAACACCAACAUCAACUGCAACAACAGCAGCAACUGCAACAACAGCAGCAACUGCAACAACAGCAGCAACUACAACAACAGCAGCAACAGCAGCAACUGCAACAACAGCAUUACAACACAGCAUCAGAGCCAAUUUAUCAACAGAGCCAAUCAAUUUACACUAGAGCGUCAGAUCGAAAUUAUCACUACCAACAACAGCAGCUGAUUCAGCAGCAACAGCAACAGCAUCAUUAUAAUCAAUCAAUUGAUGAUUACUCAACGAGCUACGAAAAAUCGAAUAAUCAAAGUCGAUCAAAGGUCAAAGUAGGAUUUCUCGAAAAUCUCAAUGCAAAAUUGGCUGAACAAAGACUUUCUGGGAAAGCUUUUGCUGUGCGAAAUCUCAUCAACAGCAAAGCGUUGCCGCGAUCUGAUAAUAAAAGUCAUAUUCCAGUACCAUCUGAGCCGGAUCCACGAAUCUGCCAUGAAUCGCUAAUGGAUCAAAUAAAACGUGGAGCAACGUUAAAGCGAAACAAAUCGAUAAACGACAGAAGUGCACCGAAAAUACAUUAAGCCAGCGCAAACAUUGAACGAACGAAAUAAUAAUGAAAAAAGAGUUUUUAAAUUGGACAUUAAUAUGACUUCAGGAUUUAUAUACAUUUUUAAUGAACACAUUUUCUUUUAGAUUGCAUUAUUUUCCGGUAAAUGUUUCGAAAAGAAAUAAUAUUUUUUUAUAGAAAAGUUUUAACACCGCAUUUGGUCAAUUCCGUAAAAGUGCGGCUAGAGGUUUUUAUUGUAUUCUUCGUUAGUCUAUAAAUAACUCAAUUGGAUUACGAAAGAAGAAGAAGAAUAAAAGAAUUGAAUAUUUCAUAAUUUUGUAAAUUUUAAACUUGAGAAUUUAAAACCAAAAUAGAUUUUUAGCAAUAAAAUGUAAAGUUCAAUUAGCUGGGGAAAAAAUAUCGUCCGAACUAUCAAUUUUUUCUGGUCAUUUAAGUGUAUAGCCUUUGACACGAACACAAUAUGAAUGUAAGCAACACUAAUGGGUAAACAUAAAUCAAAAACCAACGACUUUGGCCAGUAAACUCUUUUUUCGCAUAAGAACGACUUAGAACAACCUCUUACACACAUCGACUGAUUCUCAUCCACCUAUAGUAUUCACCAAACCAAUGUUCCGUCAUAUCAUUUGAGAACUAUUUUUAUUGUGACCACUGAUGCUUUAAAGUCUUAACUAAAGUUAAAGUGCUUCACAAAUGUUACUAGAGAAGCAGACGUUUUCACCGCAUACGAAUGUUUUAGAAGGAUUUACAGCCAAAAUACGAGACUAGCCUUCAACGUCUAAUGACAAUGAUAAAAUUGAUAAAAAAGUUAACAUACAAUUGAUUGCUUUACCGUCCAAAAAUGUUACUAAAACCUUUUGUAGAACGGCAAUUUCAUCAGUUUUUGGUGUCGAAGACAACAAUAGGCAGCGAGCUGUGACUAGCGUUCUUUUAUUUAGAAAAAUGCCUUUUGAAACUUACUGAGGGAAGGACUUUGUAUGAAUAUGUAAACGAUGUAAAGGACUCGAUAAAUCAACUAUUGAUGUGGUUACCGUCUGAGAAAGGUUAAUAUGGUCUCGACAGGUUAUAGAUGUCUUUAAGUGAAAGGUCUUUAGAAACACAGAUGGCUUUACGAAACAUUUUGAAAUGUAAAAGAACACUAGCCUGAGUUCGUGGCUCAGUAUUAUCGACAUUAUAGACAAGUAGAGUUGUUUCUGAAAGGUUCGAGGUUCGAGUUCAUAAGGUACUUUUAAUUGCAGACAUCAAAUUGAAAGACUGAUGUAGUUCAACAGUUUGGUUGAUUCGUUUUGAUAUUCAUGAAUCGUAUAACGAUGUUCUGUUUGUGUCAUUUGUGUAUCUUUUUUCGGUCGUCAUAAAAUAGACAAUUUUCCCGUUCUAUAACCAAAGCAAGAUCUACAAUAAUUAAAUUAGUAACGAAAUUACCUAAACAAAAAAUUAGAAAGAAAGAAAAUAGACUCUAGCCAAAACAUAUGCAAUAACAACAACAACAAAAAAUAUAGAAAUUUUAAAUUUUAUAUUUUAGCGCCAAUCCAGUAUCUAUAUUUUUAUAUUUUCGGUAAGCGAAUAAAAAAACAAACAAACAAACAAUGGAAAUACUAAAUUUUAUACAGUUUCUUAGGAUUAAAACAAUUUGAUGGACAUUGUCAGAUAAUCUAAAAUAUGAAAUAAAAUUCAACGCUUUUUUGUAAUCAAAUAAAAUAGAAAGAAAUAAAUAGAAUUUGUACAACAACCACAGAAUUAUAUAUAUAUAUACUACGACUGGUUCUUGUUAAACAAAAUAUACCCGUGAACGAAACACUAUUUAUCUAACCAAACUUACAACCUAACAAUGAGGCAAAAACAAAAAUUUAUUCAUUUAAAUGAAAAUCUAAUUCGUAAGGGACGUAUU